UUUUGAGUGGUAUACUGCAGGAAAGGAGCAUGUCCUAUUAUUUCCAUAUCUUUGUGGAGGAUAAGCUGACACUAACAGCCAGGAGGGCAGUCUAACUCUAGCGGAGGUGGGUGGUGGUGGUGAUGCUGGUAAUUUCCUUCAGCUAUCCCUCUUGAUCAAAGAUCUUCAGUAAACUUGUUUGGGCAUGUGGCAUUCUCAUAUAUUCACCAUCCCUUGAUCCCUUCCCCUUUGUCCAAUGUAGAUUCUUUGGGGAAAAGGAUUAGAAGGAGGAUGAUGGUGGAGGCAAGGAGAGUGAGUGAUGGGAUAAUGGCGGAAGGGUCCUAGGAUCAUAAAUUUAGAGUUAGGAGGGACCACAGAGGUCAUCUAGUCCAGCCCCCUCAUUUUACAGAUGUGGACACUGAGGCCCAUGGAGGUUAACAUGCUACAAGGUCACACACCUGUCCCCUUCAGGAAGCCUUUCCCAAGGCAUUUCCUAGAAGUCUUCGGACAAAAACACAGAAAUAGUCACAGAGCCAGAGAUGUGAUUCAGAGUGGGCAGUGGGGAGGAAGGGUGGUUCCACAAUGUUGUGACCUCUGACCUUUGCUCCAGGAGGCUGAAGCGUCGGCAUCUCUAUGUGAUCAGCACAGCUGCCCGACCAGUUCCCUUAGAGCAUUUUCUGUUCACUGGGAAUAGUCCAAAAACCCAAGGAGAGCUGUUUCUGCUUUUGGAUUCACGAGGAGUCUUCCACACUAAGGGAUACUAUGCAGCUGUGGAGGCCAAGAAGGAGAGGACUAGCAAACAUGCACAGACCUUUGGGGCAAAGCAGCCAAUGCACCAAGGGGGACCUGGACAGGACCGAGGCAUAUACCUGUCCCUCCUGGCCUCCCUACGGAGCCGUGCCCAGCUCCCUGUGGUUGUGUUCACCUUUUCCCGGGGGCGCUGCGAUGAGCAGGCAUCAGGCCUCAGCUCUCUCGACCUUACCACUGGCUCUGAGAAGAGUGAGAUCCACCUUUUCCUGCAGCGCUGCCUUGCCCGACUUCGAGGCUCUGACCGCCAGCUACCUCAGGUACUGCACAUGUCAGAGCUCCUUCGCCGGGGUCUAGGUGUCCACCACAGCGGUAUUUUGCCCAUUCUCAAGGAGAUUGUGGAAAUGCUCUUCAGUCGUGGUUUGGUCAAGGUCCUGUUUGCUACAGAGACCUUUGCUAUGGGUGUGAACAUGCCAGCACGGACUGUGGUAUUUGACUCUAUGCGCAAACAUGAUGGUGCAACUUUUCGUGACUUGCUCCCUGGGGAAUAUGUACAGAUGGCAGGGCGGGCAGGGCGUCGUGGCCUGGACCCUACAGGCACGGUCAUCUUACUCUGUAAGGGACGUGUGCCUGAGAUGGCUGAUCUGCAUCGGAUGAUGUUGGUGAGUUAGCCUGGGGAGGGGCAUGGG